GGAAGUUUCGCUGUUUGAAUUCGAAAGUAAAACGCACUUAAUUUCCUGAAACAGAAUUUUGUAAAUAUUAAAAUGGCUAAUAAUAAUAAAUCUGAAGGUAUUAAAUUAGACUUCUUUAUCGUCGAAGCUUUUGCGAAUCAAGCGUUUAAAGGCAAUAGUGCAGCAGUGUGUUUAAUUCCGCGUGGGCAAGGUAUCUCAAGCAGUACAAAGCAACAAAUUGCAUCAGAGCUGAACCAACCUACUACUGCUUUUGUUUCAGUUAUUAAUGAAAAGGAAGCAUUCCAAGAUGCAAAGCAGUUUGCUUUGCAGUGGUAUUCUCCUACAUCUGAAUCACCUCUUUGUGGUCAUGGAACUCUAGCUUCAGCUGCAGUACUUUUUUCUAUAUAUGAUAAUUGUUCAGAAACUUUGAAUUUUGAAACAGCUAGAGGCAAAUUGACAGCAAAGUGGUUAUUUAAUGAAAAAGUACAACUUGAUUUACCUGCAUAUGAACCCAAAUCUCCAGUAAUGGAAGAAUUUCAAGUAUUAGUUAAGGCUGUUACUGGAUCUUAUUGUGUUCAAGAAGUUUUGCUGUCCGAUUCAAAAUAUUUAAUGAUACGUUUGCAAGACAAUUUUACAAGAAAAGAGCUUGAGCUGUUAAAUCCAAAAGAGGCUGAACUUUUAGCUGCAACAUCUGCUAUAAGAGGUGUAAUUGUGACUGUUAAAGGAUCUGGCAUGAAUGAUUGUCUUGAUGGUGAUGGGAUAAGUUAUGAUUUUAUUUCUCGUGUCUUUGCACCCUGGCGUGGAAUAUUAGAAGACCCUGUUUGUGGAGCUGCCCACUGUGUACUUGGAUCAUACUGGGCUAAAAUUUUAAAGAAAAGCAAAUUAUAUGCUCGGCAGUGUUCACCUAGAGGUGGUGAACUAAAUAUUGAAGUCAUAAAAGAUAGAGUUAUGCUAAGUGGUGAUGCAUUUAUUGUUGUGAAAGGGCAAAUAAACUUUUAAAAAAGGAGCAGAAAACAGGCUUGGAUAAAAUUGUAUGUUUUAUUAGCAUUAAUUUCAUAAAAAGAGGCUAAUUGCUUUGAAUAGCAAUAAUUAUUAAGCUACAGAAAGUAGGAAUAUUAGAAAAUAUCCUUGUGAAGAUAUGAGAAACUUAAACUAUAAUGUGCCAAUAAAUAGCUAUUUUUGGAUAACUUUUGCGAAAGAAGAACGAAUGAAAUAAUGUUAUUAAAAUUGGAUUAUAUAUGAAUAUCAAGGGGGGAAGCAAUUAUAUAAUUCAAAUUUAGAAAUAAGCUAAAUAAUAGGAAAAAAGGAACAUGUACCAUAUUAUCUUCUGACAUGUUUUGAGCUUCUUUUUUAAAUUAAUGUGAGUAAAAAUUAUUGAUUAAAAAAUUUAAGGGCAUUAUUUUUUAUAAUGGCAGUUCUUAGGCAAAUUUGCUAAGUUUUACUUCUAUACCUAUAUGCCACAUCUGUUCCUAAAUUAAUUUUUUAGAAUAUCUAUUAAAAAUAUUUAACACUUUUAAAUUAAAAAAUUGGAUGCAGAAGUUGUUCUAUAUUACUGACUAACAUUAAAAAUUUGUAACUUUAAUGAUGUAAAGUGUUUAGAAUGAAAAAUAAGUAUGUAGUAAUAAAAGUAUGUAAGCAAGACAGGGCUAGUUUCAAGGAUAGAUAACAUAAGCAGCUGCAGAGAAGUAUUUAGAGGAUGCCAACAGCUGAGUUGUCCUCAAAAGCUACAAAAAAUAAAAGUAUAUUUUCCUUUGAAUUAUUAACAUGUUUGUUGAAUUUAUUCAGGCACCAAUUUUACUUGUCACUUAAGUGCCAAAAAUGCUAAAUAGCUGGGUUUGAAAUAAAACAUAACAAUAUUAUGUUGUAAAUGUAAUAUGUUAUAUAGUAUGCUAUGCAAGCAAUAUGCUUUAUGCUACAUAUUCAAGAACCAAUGAAAUAAGUAUCAGAUAUCCAGAAAGUUUGGGGCAGCUGACUUACAGUAUAAUUUUUCUGCUUUUUCACCUGGUGAUUUGGGUUUAAUUUAUUUGAUUAUGACAAAGCAUACAAGGGCUAUCUACCUAAAGAGAGGAUGCCUUCAUGGAGGGCUUUCUAAGGGAAACUUCCUUGUGUCCUUUAUGUCACAUGAAGGAAAAAUCACAAAAAUGUCCAUGAAGCCAACUAAUUCUCCUGGAAUUGAAUCCAGAUCAGUGUGAAGUUCAGUGACUUCGGUAACACUUAAACACUCUGAACUACCAUAGGGUAGCUAGGUACAAGAAAAGUAGCUUCCGCUAUUGAGUUAUGUUCUGAACAUAAUGAAGAAAAGCUUGGUACCAUUAAGCUAAUCAGUAGAAAACAUACAUCAUUCUUUUAAGGGUAAGACAGGAAAAUUAUUAUUCUGAAUAUUUGGUUGUUCUAAAACAUUUGUGUAUGAUAACUUCAUUAGUCAAGAAAAAUUUGUUUGGGUAUUAGUAUUACUUAAUGCUAUGAAUUUUAUAGCUUGUUAAAUGUCAUAAAUUUUAUUGCAUCUUCUGGGGAAAAUUUAAUGCUACAAAAUUAGCUUUCUAUAUCCGACCUAUGUAUUAUAAAAAUUCAGUGUAACUGAAAUCUGUUCAUCCAAGUGGCAAUGGAAUGGCCUAAUUGAUGGGGUUCUCAUUAAUCAGAAAUAUAUUGUAUACUAAAAAACUUGAAAGCUUACUCUAGUAAACUCAAAUAUUUGUGUAUUAUAGUAUAUAUGUGUGUGUGUGUGUAUAACAGUAUCACAGAUUUUCAUUUAAAAAAAAAUGAACCCAAUUGUAUUUCUGUGCAAUAUGCUGCUGAAAAAUUAAUAAAUGAUAGAUAAAAAGUAAGAACAUGUAAUGCGAAUCAAACUUAAUUCAGAAUAUAUAUAAAUUUAAAUAAAAAUAUAAGGUGUGAAUAAGUGUUUAAGAUAAAGCAAGAUUUAAGAUUACAUCGAUGGAACUGUCUGACAAUUAUUCUUCAGACUUACAAGGGGAAAAAAAUAAAGAAAUGCAAUAUUUAUGCCAUUUGACAAAUACGAUCCUCCCAUGUGAAAAGCUGAACUAAUGUGCAAUUUUCUCGAUAACUACUGAAGAGAUUUCAAUAUUUUUUUUUAAUAAUUUUGGCAAUAGUUAAAAAAAUAUAUUUGAUAGCUCAGAAAAAAGUAAAUAAAAAUAAAAAUUAUGAAAUUUAAAAAAUAAGAAAAAUCUAGUAUGGUUUUCUUUAAUACUUCGUACUACCUGUUGCAACAGCCUUGACUAUUAUGGUAUUUUGAAUUAUAAAGUAGAUCAGCUGAUUUGCACAAACACAUCUUUGUACUACUUUUCUUUGUUGCAUUUUCUGAGUUCUUGCUUCCAGAUGAAGAAAUUUUUUUUACUCCUUCACGUACACUUAUUUCUUCUGUACCAACUUCUUUGAUGUUUGAAAAAUUUUCUUUACAAACGGUAAACUGGUUUCUUGUGCACUAUGAUUUUAAUGUACAAAACUUAGUACCAAGAACAUAAAACUCAUCAUGUUUAAUAUCUGUAAUAAUGACUAUUACUGAUUUUGGAUACAUUUUCGACUUAUAAGUAUCAGGUGCUAUAAGUUUGUCCUUUCUUCCAAUAUUUAGAAUAUCAUAAUGUUUCAAUCUUCUGUUUGUUUUUCCUUCACACAUUUUGCUUCUUUCACUUCAUUUAUUAAAUAAGUGUAUUUCUUAUUUGUUAAAUAAAAGCUGUUAUUGUGCUCAUUUUCUACAGAUUUAUACAAAAUGUCUUAAAAAACUUUUUCCACAUAGCAUCACUCAUUUUUUUUUAGCAAAAUGAAAAACACAAAAUAUGUUAAAAUGGAAACAAACUCCUUCUAUUUUAGAUUUUAGCCACUUACACUUGUUUGAAUUCACUCGAAGCUAGAUUGCGUAUGAUGCAAAUAAGGAGGGGUGCAGGUAUAAUUCAAGGUCAAUUUAAAUCCCUCGUUUGGGGCUUUUACCGAAAGGCAUUGUUAACUCUUAGAUUUUACUGCAAAGGCUUGGUAAAAAGACAAAAUGGAAUCAUAUUAAAGCAUGCUUCGGACUUUUAUCAAGCCACUUUGGUAAAAGCUAGGUUUUACCGGUAAAACCUACGAUUUAACAAACUUAGCUUUUAUAGUAACAUAUCCGUGCAUUCAUGCACAUGUGUAAUUUAGGAAUAUUGACUGCAUAGAUUGAGUUUGGAGCAUGCAUAGAAGAUACAUUUUGGUGAAUAAACUUGGAAGUUGGUCAGUUCAAGAAGACACAUGUUAUGUUACGAUUGAAGUUAUGUUUAUUAUUAUUAUUAUUGUAGUUAAAUAUUUUGCAGCCACAAGUAAUCUGACACAUUAAUAAUGCUCGUUCCAGUAUAUUUACAUUUUUAAAAAUAUUUUUGUGAUAAGAAGAGAGUGGUGCAGUAGCAGUCUAGCUAGACCAAAAAGCAAAAGUGAAAUUAAAUGUUUUCAGGAUGAAAUCUUAAUUCAGAAUGUAUUAGUUUCAGUAUCAGUAAAUUUUGAGUGGAUAAUUAAUAAUGCUGAAAAAUUAUUAUUGACUGUUUGAGCUUUAGUUCCAUUUGCAUCACCAGCAUUAUGUAAAAUCGUACAAUGUGGAUUAAUCUAGAAAUGAUGCAGUCCAGAAAAGUUAUCAUAAACAAUUACUAUUUUUAGAAUAAAUAAGGAAAAUACCCUAAAAUAAAGAAUUAAGAUGUUAUUUCUAAUUGAAGAUUUUAAGUUUGCAUUUUGAAAGAUAUUUGAAGUGCAUUUGCAAAAGAUUUAUAAUUAUUUGUGUAUAAAGUAUGAAAUCCAAGUUAGCUACUAUUGUUUUAUCUAAGAAAAUUGUGUAUUUAAUUAUAUAAAAUUAGGAAAUAUGUGAUAAAUUUUAUGUUCAUGAAUGUUAUAAAUUUUAUUCUGAAAAAAAGAGGAUAGGGUUUCUUUUAAUCAUCUGUUUUAAUAUAUUUACUCAGUUACAAUGGCUAUAAAUGUAUUUUAAAUCAGAAGAUUUCUAAUAAAGAAAAACCCUGUUUAAUACAAAUUCAAUAUGCUUGGUAAUUAGUCAGUGUGAAUGAGUGAUUGAACAUUUUUCCAUGCUUUAUGUGAGUGUUUUGAUAUGUCUUAUGCAAUACCGCAUUUUUUAUUGCUAAUUGCUCGGUAAUAAAUUUAUUUUAAAUCUGGAAGUAUUGCUAAAACAGAUCUAAAAAGUAUAGCCGUUGCAGUGAAGAAAACUGCAAGGAUCGACAUUCAUAAUAUGUACUCAGCAUUUGUACUCUACUGUUAAUUUUGAAUGGAAGUAUAGUUUUAAUGUUAGCAUGUUUUUAUUGUUUAAAUUUGUUAAACAUUGCAUCAAGUUUUAAGAAACAGUAAACUAGCUUUUUUUUUUUUAUCUGCAAUGAAGGAGGAAUUCAAAAUUAAAGAGUAAGGGGGUGGAGGGAAAAAAAAAAAAAAAUAUUCUCACUUAAAUUUUAAAAAGUCACCUUUUAAACUGCAAGCAAUUGAAGACUAAAGCUAAUUGAAAUUGUAAAAGCAUUCAAGCUAAUUUUUGCUCAUUUUGAUUGGUAUCAAAUGAAUUUAGAAAUGUAUCGAAAUCUUCAUAAGGUGGUUGCCACCUGUGACAAAUUGCAUAUCAAAAUAAAAAGUGGAGCACUAUUUAUGCAUCAUUACUUAACUUUUACAGGGGUUGAAAAAUAAUUUAAUCAACUGUUUGGGCAUUAAAUGAGACUUUAUGCAGUAGACUUUUUAACUUUUAUUAUUAUAUAUUUUUAACUCGUAUGUAAGACAUACACCCACAGCCGAAAUUUAUAGUCACCUGUUAAUGUAUUGUAAUUACUCUUGUUUAUUGUAUAUAUUUAACGUGAUUUUGCUUAGCGUGCAAUUGUUGAUUGGUUAAUUAACUGCAUAAAGUUAGGUUUACCUAUGUCUUUGUAAAUUAAGCUAUGAAAGUUAGUAUUGUGUAUAAAGAAUAGUCAGUUUACAUUUUGAAUAGUUGUGAAUUUUCUAGAUAUUUUUCUUAUAUUCAAGACAUUAUAUUUUUUACAGUGUCUUUGUAUUUUGUAUUUGUUAUUAUAGUAUUAUAUAUACAUAUACAAAAACUGCAAAAUUUAAUGUUUUGUGCAGAAUAUGCUAUAUAGUUUGCUGCAUAUGUAUUUUUAUAACAAAGUAAUUUUGUGUAUUUUGUUAAUAUUGCAAUUAAAAAAAAAA